CCAAGCUGGGAUCGAUCCAUGGCCGCCGCGAUGGUCUCCUUCAAGGCUAUUGCACUGGUUGCAGUUGCAGCACUCGUCUCCGUGCUGGGCGCCCACGCCGAGCCGAGCUACAAUAACGACACCUCCGCCCGCAGGGAGCUGUACUACUCCGACGGCUCCACCCCCAGCAGCACCUGGCGGCCUGCCAGGGCCACCUGGUACGGCCGCCCCAACGGCGCCGGCCCUGACAACAAUGGUGGCGGCUGUGGGUACAGCGACACCAACCUGUACCCGUUCAACUCCAUGACGUCGUGCGGCAACCAGCCUCUGUUCCUGGACGGCAAGGGCUGCGGCGCAUGCUACCAGAUAAAGUGCACCAGCAAGAACAACCCUGCCUGCUCCGGCGAGCCCAAGACGGUGAUCAUCACCGACGUGAACUACGACACCAAGGUCGCGCCCUACCACUUCGACCUCAGCGGCACGGCGUUCGGCGCCAUGGCCAGGCCCGGGUACAACGACAAGCUCCGCAGCGCCGGCAUCCUGGACAUCCAGUUCCGGCGGGUGCCCUGCAGCUACAGCGGCCUGCCGGUGAGGUUCCACGUGAUGGGCGGCUGCAACCCCUUCUACUUCGCGGUCAUCGUGUACUACGCCGGCAGCGACGGCGCCGUGGUGCAGGUGGACCUCCAGGAGGCCAACUCCAACACGUGGCGGCCGCUCUACGAGUCCUGGGGCGCCGUCUGGAGGAUCGACCCCGGACACCCGCUCAAGCCGCCCCUCUCGCUGCGCGUCCGCAGCGACUCCGGCAAGGUCCUCGUCGCCAACAACGUCAUCCCGGUCAACUGGAGGGGCAACGCCGACUACCGCACCAUCGCCCAGUUCCGCUGAACGCGAUCACACUGAGCUGGCGGCGACAAUGGAUCGCUCGCUCACAGUCAGCUGCUCGGCUGAUUCAUUAUUUUUGUAUGGUCAUCUCGAUCAUUGUGAUUGCGAAUUUGCAGUGGCUUUUUCUUUACGGUCGAUCUUUGCGAGGUUUCUUUUGAGAUUAUUGUUGCUCCUACUUG